AUGAAGGGACUAAGCAGCGAGAGAGAGGCCCGGACGCACACCGGAACGGUGAAGUCGUAUGGAAGCGCUCGACGCAAACAAGCCCAACAGCGGCCCGCAGUCGCGUUCUGUUUUCCGCCAGCAAACCCUUGGAGACGACAGGAACAAAUCGACAAGGGUGGUGCAGUUUCUACGGCUAAAUGUGUCGCUCGCCCUCUUAGAAAGAAGUCAACACCCUGUAGCAGCUGCACAGCCCCCCUCUUCUGGUGUAUUGGCACUGAAAGAGCGUGCAACGGGCACGCCGAUCCGCAAGAGUCUGCCAAAGCGACGCACCAAAAGGAAUUCCGUGGCCGUCAGCAAUUGUAUACAACGAAGGCGCUACUUGUUGUAAACCUACAUCUGGACGGCGAUAGCGUGGCUCAGUUGUUUGCUCCUGAUCGGGUUGCAGAGACUUUCCUUACGGCCCUCGCCUGGAGCCAGCUUCCUCAGGUGGCGGAUGAGCUUCGCUUUUUCGCCUAUAGGCUCGAGGCCCUCGCCUUCAUCUACCACCUCUACUCCUUCUCACAAGGGCAGGGAGACCUGCGAGCGGUAGCACGCGAUGUGCAGCUCAUCUCGGACCUGUCCACAUCUGUCUGUUCUAAAGCAGAGGGCCCGCGUGCGCAUGAGAACCCCUUCCCUCUGACCAGUGCUUGCGCGGAUGUUUCGCUGGCGGUCGCCUCAUAUGCAGAUUCGUACACAAAGGUUCUGAACGGCCGUGGAGCCCCCCGUGUCCACGUCAGCCCCGUAGGCGACGCGUACUAUUUGAAGCGAUUCAUUUCGCCCCCAGACAUGCCAAACGUAUACCUGCCGCACUCCCGCCAAACACUGGAGGGGUCGGCCGAGCAGCAGAGACUCAAACGCUUUCUGACGAGGUGCCUGGAGAGUCUCUUCACCACAAAGCGCCUCAGGUAUCCUAGUGCGGAGAGAAGGCGCAGUGUCGCAGCAGAUUUGGAGGCCGCUCGGAAGGCUCUGAAGAAGGAUUUCUUGCUGCAUCAAAGCCAGCAUUAG